CUCCCAACUUAGUGUGGCCAGAAGGUGCUGCCAAACGGUUCCACUUCCUCGUCUUAAUCGCUCAUUCUCAAAUGGUUAAUCACAAAGAGAAUUUAUAAUUUUCCCUAUGAUUGUGGCGUGCCAGUGGACAUCAACGAAAGGCUGUGACCAGGAGCAGGCGGUAGAGCAGCAAGGGAUUACCCAAGAGGAUUAGCACCGGACUCAACAGCUGGAACAACCACAAAAGCAAAACAGCCCUGAGACAGUGACGCCAUUUCUGUGUGCGAAUAACGAGCAGGUGGGGCACAAAAAGAUACGAGACAGAUAAAAAGAGGCAAACACACAGGGGAAGGAGGCGGAGCAGCAGCGAGAGUAAGGAUGAGCAGCCUGAUCAACUUUCUGAACCCAAAACUGAAGCCAUCGGUGGAAAGUGACGCAGUUUGCGAGGACGGAUACACGGCAGCGAACCUAAUAGCAGAUGAUGCUGAGCAGCUGGAGCGUGGAUUCAUGUGCUUUGCCGUUUGCAAGCCCCCAGUGGAAGUCGUCUUCGAUUUUCCCAAGGCGGUGGACAUGAAAGUGAUUAAAUUGUGGCCCUCCUGCGGAGCUCUCCGAUCCACGGCCUUUGAGCUCCACGGACGACACGAUGGAAUCUGGGAGCGAGUGGCUUUUGUUCGCGACUUAGGAGUAGGGGUGGACUCUGUAACCUUUUGCUACCAGAGCGAUUAUAAUUCGCGUAGCAGCUCCAACUCGGCAACAGCGUCCGGGCAACCGCAAAGCGAAAAGGUAUUCUUCUUUAAAUCGGCCCACAAGAUUCUGUCUAGCACCAACAGUGUCAAAGUGGUAAUCCGUGCCACAGAACGGUGUCCUCCCGUGCUGCGUAAGGUGCAGAUGUGGGGAUUGCCAGCCCGAUCGCUCGAUAAAGCCGAUCGAGAACUAGUCAAGACCAUUUGGAGCGAAAUCAGUGAUCCCUAUGGACAAAGGGAUGCAGUGCAGGCCAACCAAGGACAGCGUUCGCCUCCCAGGCAUGUGCCCGAGCUUAGGGAGCUCUCCACACUUACUAUACCCGAGGAGUUUCUUGACUCAAUCACCUGGGAACUUAUGAUUUUCCCCACAGUUUUGCCCUCGGGAAAAGUUGUUGACCAAUCUACUAUAGACAAACACUCCGAGGAGGAGGCCAAAUGGGGUCGCCAGCCUUCAGAUCCCUUUACCGGCCUGGAGUAUACUGCGCAGCGAAAGGCUAUUCUCAACUUGGCUCUAAAAGCGCGCAUUGAAAAAUUUCUCAUGGAGCACUCAGAGCACUUCAAAGCGGUACCCCGAUCCCUAGGGUCCUCGCGUCUUCGCCGCCGCCAUGCCUCGCAGUUUGCAAGCAGCACAUGCCUCCCUGGACAGAUUAGCCCAGCGGCUGGGACCUACUCGGCGCUGAGCAAUGCCUAUAAACAGCAGCAAAGAAAGAGCAGGGCCACUGCCACGGCUACCUCUUCCACUGCCGGAUUUGGAGGACAUUCGCCUCCGGCCGCCAAGCGGGCCAGACAUAGCCAUCACGGCACUGCCUGUGCAACGGUGACAGCCAGUAGCGCAUCUACCUCGACCACAACCUCCACUUCAGCAACAUCUUCCUCCACCAUUGACCAAGCCAUCCAGCAAGCACUGCAGAAGAUCACGCGUUUCAGCCAAGUGGGAACAGUGACCAAUUCUACCCCUGCCUGCUGCAUCAACUGUCGCAGUGGCCAGUUCAGCUACGAAAUCCGAACCUGCCGUCAUCUGGUUUGCAGGGAGUGCUUGGUGCUGCUUUCCCAGACGCAGGUGUGUGUCUGCAAGGCAUCCUUCCGCGGAGCGGACGUCGAGCGGUAUCACAAGCUGGACCCUUAAGAGCUUCCCCUCAAGAAUUUUUCUCGAUCGACACAUCGCCGAUCGUUGCAAUAAGUUUGUUUCUCCCAUAUACCCAAAAUUGUUCAGUCAAUCGCUUUAGCCCCUAGGCCUCACUCUAAACGAUAUAUAUAUAGUUUUAGUCAUAUCAGAUCUGGAGUCGGAGUUGGAGAGAAGCCAAAUGUGUACACACGAAUCGGUUCUCGGUUCGACAGUAUGUAUCAGUAUCAGGUCACGUUUAGUCAUAGAGAUCAGAUUACAGAUUUAACAGAUUAGCAUAUAGAGAGCGCAUAGUUUUUGUAGACACCUUUAUACAGUCCGAAAAGACAGGAUCGUUCAGCGCAAGUUUAUAUAUUCAUACCAACUAUAAUUAGAAUAAAUAAUGAAACGUACUGUAAGUUGUGUCCUUUGAGAUCGUACAUUAAAGAUUUUUGUCUGAUAUAGUUUCAAAUUUAGUUCUUCCUUAAAAAAAUUAAAUCUCAAAACGAA